AUGCUAUUGGCACCCGGCAGCACUCUGGAGGAACAAGACCGCUCCAAGGCGCUCCAGGUGGAGCGAAUUUCAGCGUUUGCCUCAGCAGCGCUUCAGGCGGGCGCAGAGGAUACGGAGCUCUUGACCGGUCCCCAAUCGCACCCCUUGUCCGGUCAGCAGACCGGAACGGAAUACCUCGUUCACAAUACCUCGUUCAUAUCUCCCGGUAGGACGGGCAAGCUUCUGAACCAUUGGGGUGGUCCGACAAUAAAGAGAGAGUAUUUGGACGACCUCAAAUGGAAUUAUUUGCUGGAGGAGAAGCAGGUACCCUAUGUAGGGGACCGGAGGUGGUUAUCUGAGCUGGCGCCAGGUCAUCCUUUGUAUUCGAAUAUUCUGGCAGUGUUUGCCAACGCGCGCGACGGCCACGAACACGGUGAUUUAGGUCAGUCUGUUGACGGCCAGCGGUUGUGGCAGCCUCCAGUGACAAAGCCUGCAGCCUAUGAUAGUCUUUCAGAUGCACAGCAGAAGCAGGCGAUGCGAGCGCGCGGCUUUUAUGAGGCCUUGAGCGACGCGCUGCCGGUCGACCGCCAAGUGGAAGACAUGCGGGAAAAUGUCUGUUUGGCGCAGCAAAAGGAUUUUGACGUAAAGGAGUUGCCAGAUGCUAGCAUAAUUAUUACUUUUGUGAAUGAGCCUUUGUCCACUUUGUUGCGUACUGUCCAUAGUGUUUUGAACAACUCGCCUUCUCCGUUGUUGCGCGAGAUCAUCUUGGUAGAUGACCACUCGAACUUCGCUGACGACGUGCCUGGCGGGCCACUGUAUACGUACAUCCAGUACCUGCCAAAGGUGAAGUUGAUGCGCUUGCCGGAACGGCGAGGCAUCGUCAAGGCGCGGCUGGCUGGCGCUCGUGCGGCGCAGGGCCAGGUCUUGGUGGUGCUGGACUCACACAUCGAGGUGAACCCGGGUUGGCUAGAGCCUCAGUUGCACCGGAUUGCGGAGUCUCCGCAAUCUUUAGUGUUCCCGCAAAUCCUGGGCUUGUCACCAACUACGUUCGAACAAAAGAGCAACUCUGGGAUUGGUUGCCACGUAACGUGGCGCUGGUCCGUGGUGGAACAGAGUGCCCUGACUGGUGCGGUCACAGAUACUUCUCCGGUCGCCUCCCCGUCGAUGGCCGGGGGUCUGUUUGCCAUCAGUCGCGAGUUUUUCUGGGAACUCGGCGGCUACGACGAGGGCUUCAUUGCCUGGGGCGCCGAGAACGUGGAAAUGGCUUUCAGAGUAUGGAUGUGCGGAGGUCGCGUUGAGUGCACCCCCUGCAGCAAAACCUACCAUAUUUACCGAAAGGGCAGCACAGGGUACCAAAACCCUGUGGGGGCUUUGUGGACCAAUCGGAUGCGUACUGCCCGGGUCUGGAUGGACGAAUAUUUCCAGGUAGCCGAAAAGCUCAUUGCGGUCUCUGCAAACGCGCCUCAUAGCCACUCGUACGGAAACCUGAACGACAUGCUGAAGCUCAAGAAACGACUCGCCUGCAAGUCCUUCCGGUGGUACCUGGAGAACGUGGACCCCACCCACGACCUGCAACAACUUGACGACGUACUAGGACUGGGCCGAUUCGGCCGCAGUUACCAGAUCGAGCCCACAAUACUUGUUCGCAACACCACCAAUGACCAACGCCCUGGACGAGGAACAUCGAAGCGAGAAGAAAGCCUAUGUUUAGAUCUGAACGGUUCCAAGACACCCCCCUCACCGGUGAAGAGCUAUCGAUGUCAUUCACCGACCCAAUAUUCCGGCAACCAAGGAUUCUUCAUUGUCAAGGACGACCAGCGGAUUCGUCUGAUGAGCAACGACAAACGAUGUAUCGCAUUUGACUACAACGAGAAGCUCGUCAUAACUCAGUGCAACGAUAAAACCUCUGUCAACUGGCAAAUUGAUUUACUCGAUAUGCAGAACUUGCCCGAGUGGCUCCGAACUCUCGAUGAGAGCUCCAUCGCCAGCACACCCGUGCGAAGACUCGCCCCCACUGCCGUGAGGACGGACUCCGUCAAACAAUGGAUCAAAGCUAAAUGGAAAAAUGACAAAUGCUUAACCAUCUACAAGGACCUCCCUCAACUCACACCAUGCGACCAAGAGGACGCCAUUCUGUGGGUCGAUAAAUUCACUCCAAACAAGGACUUCCAACUACCGCAAAUUGUUUCGUCCAGACUUCGGGGAGGCAAUACCUAG